AUGGGUCUAUUUUCAUUUCUAUUCAUAUUCAGCCUUGGUUUUAUCAGUCCCUUUCUACUUAUUGCUUUCGUUUUCCAAUAUGUGUUACGUGACGUAUCAACCGAAUCAAGCAAUGAACAAGAUUCAUCUAUCAAGGCAGGCGAAAUAGAAGAAAAACACCAAUCGGGGUUGGAAAGUUUUAAAAACGGGUGGCUAUUUGUCACCAAUGAGUAUAUAGAAAGCACCGAUGAAAUCAAUCGCAACACUACUUCAAUUACUGAAUCAGUGGAGAGCCGAUCGGCAAUUUCGUCAUUGUACAAGUUGGUCAAUAGGGAACAACAACAGCAGCAGCAGCAGCAGCAACAGAGGCGAAAACAAGAUCAAUUAACUGAAGAAACGGAGCCAGAUGCUAGUGAGACAAAAGACGACACGUCUAUAUCCGAUGCUGCGUCCAUUAGUUCACAACAUACAAACACGACCCAGCAACUGCUGCUUCAUCCUCCGCCUCCAGCUAUUUCUACUCAACUGCCACCAGCACAAGUAAGACAGUCGCUAAAGAAGCAUCGGUACUUUGGUGUGCUAAAACACGGCAACUUGUUCCUAUACAAGGACCAAACUGUUAAAGACGUAAAACAUGUCAUUGUACUUGGCAACUAUUUUGUUAGCAUUUGGCCUCGCAAUUUACCAGAGCCACUGUUGUUUACCAAGUACACCGCCAUUGCAUUGAUAAAUGUUAACAGGCUAACCAACUUGAAUCAACAAUCCAACAAAGCACCAAGUGGAAGCUUUUUCAUCUACUGCGACACCAAUAGUGACAAAGAGGAUUGGUAUUUUGCCUUGAUUAGAGGCACGAAACUAGAAUCGUCAAACACAUCAUCGUCAAUCCCGCCCAGUUUAAGUCCACAGAAGCAUGCACAAACAUUACAUUUUUCUACCAAGGAAAUGGUCAACUUGAUCCAAGCAUUGUAUAGCUCUGAGGGCCAUUUACAAACUAAAUGGAUGAAUGCAUUAAUAGGUAGAUGGUUUUUAGCCAUCAAGGAUACGAAAUUUUUCGAAAAUUACAUAUUCACAAAGCUUAGUAAAAAGUUAAACAAGAUCAAGAAACCAGGGUUUUUCGAUGAAUUUCAAAUUACAAAUAUUCAACCGGGCCAUUCAGCUCCAUUUUUCACUUAUCCAAGCUUGAAGGAAAUUAACCCCGAUGGAACGUUGGUUAUUAGCUCUCACGUUUCAUAUAAUGGCGGAUUAUCAGUAACAAUUGCCACCAAACUAGACCUAACAUUUGGUACCAAAUUCACCACUAGAGAAGUUGAUUUAGUGUUGAAGAUAUCUUUGGUUAAUCUUGAAGGGCCAAUGUUGAUCAAAUUGAAACCACCUCCCAGCAAUCGAUUUUGGUAUUGUUAUGAAGUUGAACCAACUUUAAAUUUCCAAAUUGAACCUAUAUUGAGUUCCAAAUCGUUAAACUAUUCAUUUAUUACUAGCACAAUUGAAAAGAAGUUUAAAGAGGCAGUGAAGGAAAGUUUGGUUAUGCCAUACUGGGAUGAUAUUGAAUUUUAUAAAACUGAGCAUGAAUUGUAUCGAGGAGGUAUUUGGAAACACGAUGGAGAUGAAGAUGAGGACUCAUUGGGCACAGACGAAGCAAUGGCAAACACUGCUGCUGCUGAUGAUGAUGCAUCAGAAAUGAACACUAUUGACGAAACAGCCUCGAUUCAAUUAACCGAAUCUGAUUUUAAAUCGAAUUCAAAAAAAUCAUUGCGGAGAAUGGGAUCUACAAUCAACGACUUUACGAAAAAGAUUAAAAACAAAUCAAACUCACCCCUGUUGGACGAGUUUCCUAGCACUGGCGGCACCACUUCCUCUGCAAGUACAAGAACAUCAAGUAUGUCGCGUAAUCCAACUUCAGCAGAUGCUAAUGGCACCGGUGCUGGUAAUGGAUUAUUAAAGAGAAUAGGUAAAUGGUAUUUCAAAGAUGACUAUAGAAACAAUACCAGUAAUCCAAGUGUUGACAAAACGCCAACAUUGAAACCAUCGCUGCCCAAAUCUCCCGUAAUUGGCUCACCAUCAGCUACCGAAUCAUACCAUCCACCAGAAAUGAUUUCAAAUAGACGAACACGCAAGUCACCAAGUGUGUCUUCAUUUAACAAGGACAGAUAUAGCAGUAACGGAAGUGGGAAAACAACUGGUGCUGCUUCUACUGCUUCGGCUGCGUCUCCAGGUACAACGGCGGCAACUACCGCUUCUACUGAUCCUGUGACGGUGCAAUCAACACUUACUCAGCCAACAUUGUCUUUAUCAUCACCAAAAGUUCGUUCGCCAUCGUUCAAUUUUGCUCGAACUGAGUAUAUCAAUGAGCCACCAGCUCUUCCAACAACAGUAGCAGCAGGGGAAGAUAGUGGCCUGCUCACGCCGAAAAGACAUUAUAAAUCAACUAGUGGUGUUACAGCAGGUCAAUUGGCUUCAUCAUCUGCUUUUGCCCAAACGUUGAAUAAUAUGCCCAAUUCGCCCAGCAUGGAACAAAUGGCCAGUGGUGGAGGUGGAGGUGGUGUUGGUGCUGGAAUAUUUGCAAAUGAGCAUGAUGAAUCACAGGCAGAUUCCGGAAUGAUGUUUGCAGGAAACAAUGCUACAGGUGGUGCUGACCAUGAUAAGAAUGACGAUAUAAGUAUGUUAUUAUCUGCAGAACCUACUGUUGCUUUAUCUCAACCAAGCUCACCCAAUAGAUCACGAACAGUGAGGAAAAAACCACCGCCAAGUGAUGACUCAGAUGGUGAUACUUCAUAG